AUGAAAAUAUCUAAUAUUCAAUUUAUUGAGAACCAAAGUAUUGAUUAAAACCUUGCUAGCGAGGAGACCAAGAUGACUGAUGAACAGCAGUCGUCCCUCCAAGAACAAAUGGUUGAUAUAGCCACUAACUUCUCCCAUCAAAACAGCACUCAAGAAGAGGCAAUUGAACAAUAGGAGGAGGAAAAUCAUUAACCAAGUCUUUAAAAUUCUUCAAUCAACGGGCAGUUCAGCAUUGUUCGAAGGCUUGGACCAGGCACGGACUUGCACAAGUAAGUCUACAGAGUCUUGAGCAUCAGAGAUAGCAAAGAGUACGUCGUUAAAGUUUACAUGCAAGACGAGUAAGGCUAAUACUAUCUGGAGGUAGCCAAUAACAAUCUCAUCGAUAGAAACACAACCAGAUAGGUUCUGAUGCUAUAAUCUGUUGCCCUAAACGAGGUGGAGGCUCCCCUUCUUCUUGAAGGCGUAUCAUACUCACACUACUCCUACUUCGUAAUGCCUUACUACAGAAACGGUACUCUUCUCGACCUAAUCAUGAACUAUAACAAAAAAGAGAGAACGAUGCCUACCGAACUCAAAAAUUAUCUAUGGCUACAGUGCUUGUUGUGUGUUUAUGAUCUACUUGGCAGAAGCGGUUUGAGCCACUUAGAUCUUAAACCAGACAACUUCAUCAUUGACGAUGACUAUCGGCUGAGGCUGAUAGAUUUCGGGCACUCAACCCUAUUCAACCAGCCAACCAACGCAGAAACUGGAACUCCGAAUUUUAUGGCUCCUGAAAUCUACUUCAGGAAUUAAAGAAGAUACAUCCCAGAAAAAGCUGACAUCUUUAAUCUUGGAGUCAUUCUACACAUAAUUCAGUUCCAGAAGGUGCCGUUUGGAAGAGCAUUACCUAAUGACUAAUUAUACGUCUACGUUGGAAGAAACGAUUUCAACGGAUUUUUCUUAGCUCACAAUGCUGUUGGAUAUCCCCUGGAGGGAUUGAAGCUCAUCUGGCAAUGUCUACAAGUCUAAGCUGCCAGAAGACCCACAAUCCACGACCUGUUGGUACAUCCUUUAGCAAGGUAAACAAAUCCUAACUUUACUCAUGAAUUGAUGAAACAGAUAUUAUUAUUAUGA